UUUCCUGGCUCUUCCUGUUAUCUACAUCGCAGAAUAGCGAAUGAGCUUGUAUGUUUUAGGCUCGGUUGACGAUAUAGCAUACCUGCUGGGAAACGUGGAAGACUAUUCGUUAGCGAUUGCAAUACUGAUCGUUACUAUCACACAAUACUACACAUUGUUAUCACACCGCACUGUCAUCAACGACAUUGGGCCGCGAAGUUCUCCAAGCGAGCAGAAAGAUGGAAUCAGUUCCGGUUCGUGUACCGGGCGCUUCUAGCAAAACCGCAGAGUGGUUUAUAUCGAAGCGGCUUGUGAUAUCAGGACAUGUAUCAGAAAUCAG